AUGGCGCACAAUUGGUUUGCGGAUGUCACGGAUGUCUUUAAUCCAGCUUCGCUGCCAGCGCGAAUUUGCCAAGCAAGCCUAAGCAGUAGAUUUCAAGUGCCCCAAGAUUGUGGUUGCCGAGCAAUGGCAUCGCGACUUUCAUGCCUUGUCGUUGCGAUUACUGCACUGGCCGCAGUUUUCAGCCUCUACUCCUUGCUGCCUGACUCGGAGACCUUUGUAGCUCCGUGCCGGACUCAGUACUCCGGACGAUGCGUGAGCAAGGCUCUUCAAGCUCAGAGGGACCGUCGCCCGACGGACUUGGAUGAGCAGUAUGGCAAGCCGCCACCGACCGAGACGCCGCAGUUUGCUACCUCCAACGUGAUCUUCAACGUGGCUUCAGUGUUCGCGCUUCUGCUUUUGGCCUGCCUGCCCUGCUUGCAAGCAGCUGCCACUGCUGGGCUGGGAUUCUUUUCACCUGACAGCUGGGCAUCCAGAAUAUGUGCCUGGGGAUAUGAGAAGAUUGAUGAGAUGAUGCUUGGCUCGAUUGUCUACAAGGAGAAGAUGCAAGAUCUACUUCGCCCGAACAGUGAGAUGCUCCGUGUCAAGGAGCUGCCACAGCGCGGUCUUUUCGUGGAUGGCCUAUCUCGCGAAUAUGUGACCUGUGCUUCCGACGUCAUGGCCGUCAUCCGCGCAGGUCUGCGGACGCGAGCUGUUGGCCGCACCCGCUGCAACAACUACUCCUCGCGCUCUCAUGUUGUUUUUGUACUCCAUGUUGAGCAGCAGUCCCUGCAGGGCGAGGAGCGGUUGGGUAAGUUGACGCUUGUCGACCUCGCAGGAAGUGAGAAAGUGUCCAAGAACGAAUGCGUCGGCGAGACUUUCGAGGAAGCCAAGAAGAUCAACUGGUCUCUGAGUGCACUGGGCAAAGUGAUCGAUGCUCUCGCGGAGCAACGCUCUCACGUUCCUUAUCGGGACUCCAAGCUGACGCGUGUCUUGCAGGAGUCUUUCAAGCAAGUUACCACAGCGGAGAAUCUCUCAACAUGUCCCAAAUUAACUCCAGCGGCGCCCUGUGCAUUCCUGAUGGGCCUCACCCAAGACCGCGGCUUCAAUCGCUCACGUGGGGAGGAAGCAGAGAUGAGCCGAGGGCAGCCUGCGAGCUCUUCGAGUUAUUGGACCUGCCAAUGCCGAGUGACUCACAACUACUUUGUCAAAAGCGUCGGGAAGCAUUUCAUGUACAGGGGAGACGAUGUCGAGUUCUACCGGCAACAUGGCGACGAGCCAUGUCCUUGGGUGCGCUUUAUCAUUGAUAGUGAGGUGGCUGAUGUGUUGGCCGAUCUGCGACGGCAGCGCGAGGCCACAAAGGGCCAAGAAGAGCAAAGAAGAGCGAAGACUGUCCUCGCCCCAGAUCGCACCAUGCAGCGCGUAGACAAAAUCGCUCAACACUACACUCGCCUCCACCCCGAGGUCUACGUCCUGAAUGCUCCUGCUUUCCUGGAUCCUGGCUUUCUAAAGGUGGUGCAGGGGUUGCGCGUCUCCGGGCCGGCAGCAGCCAGCAUUGCUGGCUUAAAAUCUGAAGGUCUUCUGGAGGAGCUGCGCCCGGGCAUCUGGAGUUUCCCAGUCUUCACCACGGCUUUCUGCGAUGCUUUCGAAUCCGAGCUGGGCCACUUUCGAGCUUCAGGUUUGCCACGCUCUGCGCCCAACACGAUGAACCGCCACGGAGUCAUCAUGUCAGAGCUGGGCUUUGAAGAGCUGCUAGACCCACUCGUUUUCGAGCAUGUGAAUGUCCUUGCCAGCCAAACCCUUGGCUUCGUGGCCUGGCUCACGCUGUUCGCCGUUCGCUGCACCCCAACCCAAGGUCGCCUUCUACCUGCAUUCACAGAGUUUCUGGACUCCUACCGUGGCUUUACUGUGUUGUACGAGGCGACGCAGGAUGGAGACAAAGGCCUAGCCAUGCAUUAUGACAACGCUGAGGUCACCCUCAAUGUGAACAUCGGUGGCACCUGGCAAGGACACGUAGCCUACUAUGGCCUGGCAACCUCCAAGGAGGAGAGUCCUCCGUUCGAAGUGUCCUUGCGAAAGGGCUAUGGUAUAUUCCACGCUGGCCUGGAACUACACAAGGUGAACUACACCUACUCGCCGGAACAGCUUCUCGUCCUGGUUGGAAAACUGCACAAGCAGCUGCUGGGUUCCUUGGCUGCAGUACUGGGCAAGGUUGCAGGAGAUGACACUUCAGACACGGUGGUACCAGAGGCUCCAACGCACGAUGCCGACAAGGCCGGUGCUUUGCAGGUGCCUUCCUCCGGCAAGAGCUUCUUCAUACCUGAGGAGGCCUUUGGUUUGCCCUGCAGCAAAGAUGUGCUGCAGAAGACAUGCUUUUUCAGGCCAGUUGGCAUCGAACUGUCGGAGCCAGAUCUGACUCAGGCCGUCCCGGGAGCUCAAAAAGAGGACGAUGAAGAGGAGGACGUGGAGGCCAUGAGUUGGCAUCUCUACGAUGAGGUCUUCAAGCCCUUCGCGCUCUCAGCCCAGAAGGCCAUGGGUGCCAUGGAGGAUGCACUUCUCGCCCAAGAGCAGGCUUUGGCAGAGGUUCGACUGAGACAUGCUCAGCGCGAAGAUGCCGGCCACGACAGGCCGACUCCAAGUUACAGCUCAAGCCGCCCAGGCUUGGAGGAAGAGAGCCGGGAAGCAAAUCUUCUUUCGGAGCGCUUUCGUGCUCUGAGACAUGCAGUGGAGUCGCGCAGCCUCCGAUGGAGGCUGCAGGUCGAAAAGCAUCGCGCCGAGCAGUUGGUAAUCGAGCUGCAGAUGCGAGACAAAUUCCAGAAGGAGCUGGAAGAAAGCCUUGCGGAGGCCCGCACACGCAUCGCUGAAGCCGAGGAGCUCAGUGCUGCCAGGGCCAAGGCCUCAACAGCGAGCUCUGGCACCGGCAACACGCCUGCACCGCGAAGUCCUCCAGGCUCCUCCGGGGGGAAUUCUGCUGCAUCGCGCAGAGAAAAGCCUCGCAUAGUGAGGCCAGUUCCAAGGACCAGGAAUACGCGAGGAUCACCAACGAGGUCGAAGACUAUGAGCUUGGACGUACCCAAAGAGGUACUGUCACCGCUCGUGUCGCCCAAUGCCUCGCGAAUACCGACACCUUCUGCGAGGGCGGAGGAUGUUUUGUGGGUUGCAGGCACCGGUGACACUGGGGGCGAAGCUUCGGGGAGUUCCACUCUGGAAAGCAGUUGUGAAACGGGUGCGCUUGCGAGUACGAGUGUCGAUGCAAAGGCGCAAGGGGCGUCGAUGGACGUGGACGUCCGGGCAUCGAUGCCAGGGGAGGCCCUGCAGACCGACCUGAAGCAGCAGGCGUUGUUAGAGCGGCGUUCCUCGAAGCUUCGCGAUCUCAUGGGGGAGCUGCAGUCGAAGGACUUGCAGAUCUCAGCGCUUCGCCAUCAGAUACGGAUCAAAGAUGCCUUGCUGGGAUGUCUUCAGGAUGAGGAGCGCUUCCGCUUUGAGACUCUCGACUCCGAGCUCGAGGCACUUCUUGAGAAGGCAAAGGGGAGCGCUAUCUCCCUUGACGGCGAUCUUGACACGCGAGCAGACUGCUCGAACCGCUGUGGCGACACCUCGGCCAGCGGGACCGAGCCGCCGGUGACAACAAGAUUGCUCCGAUGUGCUCCGCCUCACGCCUCACGCAGGGCAGUCACUGUCAAAGUAGAGUCAAUGGCCAUGCUAGUACCAAGGCCAGGUCCUAAAAGUGGAAGUCGGCCGAUGCGAAGACCAAAUGGGCCAUGUUCGACCAAGGUGUCUCAAGCAGGCCCUCGCAACCGGACGAGUCGCACUUCGUCACGGCCGCGACAGCUUCAGGCUCCUUCUUCAACACCUCGGACGGAGCUUCAGGAGGCGUCUCGUGAAGAUGCUGCUGCCCGAGCUGAGGACCUGGCCGCCAAGUCUCGAAAUGAAGCGCUUCAAGCAGAGGUCGCAGGUUUGAGAGAGGAGCUUCGUGAAGCCGACAAGCACAUCAAGGUGGCUUCUCUCCAGGCCACUGCUGUGAAUGCAGAGCUUCGAGACAGGCGGCAGAGGCAUCAACAGUGGAUCCGCCGCAUGCAGGAGGAAGCCACGAAGCUUCGCCGUGAGAGUCAGCGUUUGGACAGGAGCUUUCAUCAAGCAGGUGUCGAGGGGCCCUGCGCUCUCCAAAGCUCUCCAACACGGGGGCCUCGGUGUUGUUUCGUGCAUGAGAGCUUCCUGAUGUAUGGGCUGGUGCGAUCCAGGCUAACAGAAGAUGGACUCCUUGUUUCAGAUGUGGAGGACCACACUUCCUUCAUGUCGCUGGGAGCUGGUGUCGGUGCGGCUGCGGGCGGCAUGGGCGCCUUCAUGCUGUGCGCGUCCAAAUGUCCCGGUGGCAUAGGAGGCUCUUUGGGAGGCAUGCUGGGUGCGAUGAACCCAAUGAAUCUAAUGCCAUUCGGCUCCGAGAAGGAGGAGAAGGAAGCUGAUGAGGUGAAGGAGCCUGAGGCAAAGAUGCAGAAACAGUUGAACUACAUCGAGAAGGAGCUCUGCAACAUGAACUGCAAAAUGGCCGGUCUCAUGGGCGCUGCUGCUGGCGGGGCUGCUGGUCAUGUCGUCGAGAAGAAAUUGAAAGAGAAGUCGGAGGCCGAAGCCGCUGCGGACCAAGAAGCAGAAGCCGAACAGGCUCCGCCUCCGGCCGCUCCCGCUCCCGCGCCGUACAAAGGUGGCGGAAAAGGCUAUCCCCCGCCGCCGCCUCCAGGAUACUACCGACAUCCGCCGCCUCCGUACCGACGCCCUCCACCCUACUACCAAGGAGCCCGUGAGGGUGCCGACGAGCUGAGUGAGCAGCAGAAUGAGCGUGGUGAGAGGCGAAUUGCCGAAUUUGCAAGGACCCAACCGGAGACGGCCGAGGAGAAGCUUCGACUUCUGGAGGCCAAUUGCGAAAGACUCCAAUUGGAGAACGAGCGACUCGAGCGCGAGCUGUCAGCAGGACAGACAGAGCUGAGCUAUGUUCGGGAUGUGGUUGCAAAUGCAGGGGGCCCUGGCCCUCAUCGCGUCCCGUCGCUCCAGAGCAUGGCAGCUCCAACUGCCUUGGUGGCGGCACCAGCUCCGCCGAAGGGCACCGUGAAGCCCAUAUCUCCUGAUGUGCAAGAGCCGCCAAGGCGAAAGCAUGGAGAGCUCAGGUUGCCAAUGAACGCCAUCAUAAACAGAGCCCGGCCUCCUCCAGAGGCCUCACGCAAGCGCAAGAUGGAGAUGGACCAAGGCUUCGUAGAGGUGGAUUUCCAGCCAGGAGAGUUUCCCAUGGGGCUUGUCGUCGACUGGUCCAUGGCUCUCCCAGUUCUUUCUGGAGUUGUGCCAGGAUCGGCAUAUCUCCUUGACUGA